GACUCAUCAGGUGGGAGGGGGGAGCCAAAGAGGAAGGUGUCAAGGGGGAGGAAAGAAAAAGAGAAAAAAGUGGAGAUAGAGGGUGUUUCUUUGUAUUGAAGGCCACAAACCAAAAAUAACACCAAUAACACCAACAACACCAACAAAUAGUAGCUCGAGUAACAUAAGAAAAGUCUUCUUCUCCUUCUGAUUCAUCAUCAUCAUUUUCAUCAUCAGCUGCAAGUAAACACAAAAGACCCAACUUUUUUUUUUUAUUAAUUUGUUGGGUCUUCUUCCAAAUCUCAUAUCUACCCAUUUUCUUUCUCGUCAUCCAAAGGAAAAAGGGUUGUUUCUAAAGAGACAGAUAGAAUUGAAUCGAAGGAAAAAGAUUACUCUUUUGUAAUCAGAUCAGACGGUUAAGGGAAGGAGAGAGAGAGAUGUCGUGUUCGUCGUCAUCAGGGUCGGAGGAAGACGAGGAGGGAAUGGAGUCGUACAGGAAAGGAGGGUACCACGCUGUUAGAGUUGGGGAUCAGUUCGCCGGUGGCCGCUACAUCGCUCAGAGGAAGCUGGGUUGGGGUCAGUUUUCUACCGUCUGGCUCGCCUACGACACGCGCACCUCUCAAUAUGUGGCUCUCAAGAUCCAGAAAAGUGCAGCACAAUUUGCUGAAGCAGCCCUUCAUGAGAUUGAAGUCCUUUCAGCUAUUGCCAAUGGUGAUCCCUCAAAUUCUAAAUGUGUUGUGCGACUCAUCGACCACUUUAAGCAUACGGGCCCAAAUGGGCAGCAUCUAUGCAUGGUCCUGGAAUUUCUUGGUGAUAGCUUACUCCGGCUGAUCAGGUAUAACCGAUACAAAGGCCUUGGAUUGAAUAAAAUUAGGGAGAUCUGCAAGUGCAUUUUGAUGGGUCUGGAUUACUUGCAUAGAGAACUUGGUAUAAUCCACUGUGACCUGAAACCUGAAAAUAUUCUUCUCUUUUCCACCAUUGAUCCUACGAAAGACCCAGUUAGGUCUGGGCUCAUGCCAAUUCUUGAAAGGCCUGAAGGGAACCCAAAUGGUGGAGUUGCCAUGAGUAUCAUUGAAAAAAAGUUGAAAAGGAGAGCAAGAAGAGCAGUAUUGAAGAUAUCUGAAAGAAGAGCUUCAAUGGGAGGAGCUGCAAAAUGUGAGAGAACCCUGGAUGGGAUUGAUAUGAGAUGCAAGGUUGUGGAUUUUGGAAAUGCAUGUUGGGCCGAUAAGCAGUUUGCAGAAGAAAUCCAAACGAGGCAGUAUAGAGCUCCUGAAGUAGUACUACAAGCUGGUUAUUCCUCCUCUAUUGACAUGUGGUCGUUUGCUUGCACUGCCUUUGAACUUGCUACUGGGGACAUGUUGUUUACUCCCAAUAGUGGGCAAGGCUUUAGCGAGGAUGAGGAUCACCUUGCUCUAAUGAUGGAACUCCUUGGAAAGAUGCCUCGAAAGGUAGCCAUUGGAGGAGCAAAGUCCAAAGAUUUCUUCGACAGGCACGGGGAUCUAAAGAGGAUUCGGAGGCUGAAAUUCUGGCCACUUGAUCGAUUGCUGGUUGAAAAAUACAAAUUUUCGGAGAAUGAUGCUCGUGAAUUUGCAGAGUUUCUUUGUCCCAUUUUUGAUUUUUCACCAGAGAAGCGACCAACUGCUCAGCAGUGUCUGCAACACCCAUGGCUCAAUCUCAGGAAUUCAACUCAGGAUGAGAUGAAGAAUGAAGCUAAUCUGGGAAAUCUGAAUGUUGGGAUGGGCAACCUUAAGAUUAAGGUGGGUAAGUGAUGAAGGGACUAAAAGUGUUGGUACAGCCGCACUGUUUUGGAGCCCCUCCCUCCACCCGUAUGACUAUUGAUUGUGAUCUACUUUUUGUUUUGUUACACUUCUAAUAAUUUUUUUAUUGACUCUAUAACAUGUAAAAUAGUAAUGAUUCUUGCGAGAGAGAUUUUACUGCGUUUAUAGAUAAUAUAUUCUGGUGGCUGGUGCCAUACCUGACCGCAACA